AUGCAGUUCCGCAACGCGCUGCUCUUCCUGAGUGCUCUGGCGCCGGCUGCCUAUGCACAACGUGGUCAGCAAGAGAAGCAGGCUCUCUUCCCCAAGCGAUGCCUCCCAAACCCAUGCGAGGGCAUCACCCCCAUAAAUAACACCUACGUCUGCGGCGACCCCCGACUCGGACCUGUCCAGUACCCCUCAAAAUUCCCGCUUCGCAACGAACUGCGUACAUACGCACGCUUCGGCUCUCUAUGCCCAGCCGAGUUUCUCGAGAAAUGGGCCACGUCAGUCAACAGCAACGGGACAUACAUCUACCCUCCAGCAAACGGAUUCGUCGUCGACGACGAGGAAGCUGUCAUUAUCGGCAAUGUUACGCUCCCUGUUGGCCAGAAGCUCGACCGCUUCGGGUCCGAGUAUGGCACAUUCCUCGCGCCGCUAGGCGCGCCAUAUAUUGAGCGCUCGCUGCCGCCGAGCAACUUGAUCACGUAUGAUGGGAAUUACCCGUUCAACUACCACGUUUAUCAAGUUGAGAAGGAGUUUGUUGUAGGAUUGGGACCCAUAGCGCCAUGGUUUGAGCAGCCGGGGAUGGGGACCCAGUUUGUAGCCUAUACGAAUGUGCUCGAGUUGAUUGAGGGUGGUUUCCUGAGGAGGCUGGAUGAGAGUGAAUUCGAUGAGAGGGUGGAGUAUUCAAAUUCCUACACUGAGGGACCCAAUGAGUAG